AUGGACGAAGAGCCGUCGCUCAACAUUCCUUCGCUGCUCACCCUGGCAGUCGUAUCUUUCUUUGUCAUUCGAUGGUUUAUGAACCGUGAUGGCGAACCUGGAACAGGAGGCGGCCGGAGUCGUUCGCGUGGGAAUAAUAUCGACCCAGCGCAGGUGGAGCAAAUAUCGCAGAUGUUCCCACAGCUGAGCACCCGAGAGAUCAUGUGGGAUCUCCAGCGUAAUGGAGGAAGCGUUGCAGCCACUACGGAACGGAUCUUGACCGGACGGACACUCGAAGUGCCUCCACCAUCAUUCCAGCCUCAGAUUGCCAUACCCUCCGCCAGCGCCCCGACUCGGCCUGCACCAGCAUCUGCACCUUCCAAGGCAGAUGGCCAAGAUUUGAUUUCCCGCUACAACCUCAGCUCGCGGGUCACCGAUGACAGCAAUACCGAAUCUACCGGGACAUCACCUGCGCCGCGUGGGUGGUCGCAGAGCAAAGAUGAGCGUCAGCGUCUUUUGCAGAAGCGAAGAGAUGAUAUGAUUCUGGCAGCUCGCAAGAAGAUGAUGCAGAAGAACCAGCAGGCCGCUUGAACGGGUCUCAGCUUGGCUUUUGACACACUUUUUCCAAUCUUUAUUCUUCCGUUUUAUUCUUUGCGCACUUCUCUCACCCGUAGGAGGGUGUUUCCCGCUUUGUGCUGUCGCACGUUUCAUCUAUUCUUAGCGGUUUGGUUAUGUAAAGAUUGAUUUUCUCCCAGGGAAAAAAAGAAACCCUCGGUCUUUCGUUUGUGUCUGUCG